UUAUUUCUUUUUUAUAGUUUGUAGUGUACAUUUUAAAAAAUGGUGAUUGUAAAUAUCAUGCAGCAUCCUUUCACUUACCACUAAUAUGGCCCAACUUUUAGGACUUGCCAUCCCAAUUUAAAAUUUCAAUAUUUAAACCAGUGUUGAAAGUGUAGGUCCUUUAUAUCUGAGAGUUAUGUCUUAAUUCACUAUGUCACAACAGCCACAUGGGGUUUUAUUUUAUUUUUUUUUUACAGUGGCACCUCUUGAAACUGAGGUAAUUAUUUUUUUUUAUGCAACCUGUGUGUUACUUUUCAAGGUAUUUUGCUGCAGUCAUGCGGUAUGACCUGGGACGGUAUUCAGGGGCAACACCAUCGUUCACCAAACAUCUCAGUUGCUUGAUUUUAACCUAUCUUAAAGGCAACUGUGGUAUAUUUGUUUAUGUUACUGUAUGAAUUGUCAGUACAACACAGUGCUGUAACAAAAAGUUACUUUUACUACUUACUGCUUUUAACCUGUUACCAAAAAAAUCUUAUUAUUUCUUAAUGAAGCUAACAUGGAACAUACAGGAGUUUGAGAAAAGAACACUAAGUGUGAGGGUUUGUUCAUUGUCCACAGUUUUUUGGCCAGGAUGACUAUUAGAGUUCAGUGUGUACAGUACUGCAGUCAUGAGAUGUACUGACAUGAACUUUUGUCUUUUUGUGAGCAAGACCCGUGUUUAGUAUUAACUUCAACUUUUCUAGAAAAAGCAACCUCAGCCACCUUAAACAGUGGCCUUCCACAUCCUCACUUCAAACUCAGGUGUUUAGGAGUAGUUGAUCUCUUAAAGUAAAUUCAGAGGAAUGUUUUUUCUUGACUUUGACAUUUUAAUUACCUCUCCUCCUAGUUGCCCAUUUCUGGGAGACCAACAUACUGUUACGAUUGUCACAGUGAAAAAGCAAGCUGAACAUGGAAAAAAGGUUCAAAAGUGCACCCUUUAUUAAUAAUUACAAGUGCGUGCUGUACAGUGAAUGUGUAUUGUUUUCAAAGGAAAUCUUAGAAGCCUUGGAGACACCAAGUAGAUAAACAAGGAGGAAGGCAGUUGCCAAUAGGAGAUGCAUCUAAGGAAUAAACAGCUUUGGGAUCUUGUCGACUUAAGGUCAAGAUUUACAAAACCAGCACAUUAAUAAUGGACCCAGUCAAAAAGUGUUGAAUUAAAUGUUUUCAGCUGCUGUUCCCAAGUUGGGUAUACCCGCUGAGUGGAUCUCACUGCUGGGGGUUCACAGCUCUCAACCCCCUGUACAAGUAAAGAAGCCAGCUCUUUCUCACUGACUGCUGCCAGCUGGGAAAAGGCUUUCCUUUACCCAGUAUUCCUGCCAAUAAAGCAUUCCCCCAGCAAGCCCACAAAGAGCAGACUUGAUUCCAGUCUGUCAUGUCUCAAAAACCUCCCAUCUUGCCAGAUAAUAAGACAGUUGCCUGUCUGCGAGAAUGAGAAGCGAGCUCUCGGUUUCUUCUACUGAAUCUUUUUUUGGAUAAAAAUGGUUGGUGACCUAGGGGUUGGAACAAAGAUCUCCCUAUUCCCAAAGCUAUGCUCACUCUAGCAUCCUCUUCCUCCUUUCUCUGGCCAAAUCAGUCGUGGAAUGACUUUGCCAGGAGGGAUGAAGCGCCUUUCUCAGCACUUAGGCAACUCCUCCAGUGAGGUUUGGAUGCCCCUGGGCAUGAGGAGGGUUUUGAAGAUUUAGCUAAACGGUUACAGUAGCAGUAAGGUAGUAUUUAGGCACUUGCAUCCCUUUAUGGCUCUGGGCUUUCAUUUCUUUUCAGAGUCUCAGUUUCCAGUGCCUUUCACGAUGCAUCAGCCUUCUCUACUUCAAAUGCUGAAAUUACCCCUGAAACACUGGAUUGAACAGUUUGAGAAGAAUUGUUUGAGGCUUUCCAUCUCUGCAGGAAAGUUUGGAAGGACAUCUGGGGUUGUGGAUAAUCCCAUCCUACUAAAAAAAUCCUGCUAAAAUGCAUUAGUUUUGCAAUAAUACUUUGUUGUUACUUUCAAAUUUUAAUGACAUACUGAGGUGAGUUCUGAAACAUAGUGUGAAGUAUAUAAAUGUUGUUAACCUUACAAAUGUAAGCAGUAAAGUUUCUUUAGCCAUCAGAGCUAGAUUGCUUUUAAGGAAAGUGUAGGCAACAAGGCAUGUUUUUGGGACACACAGUGUGGAUUAAGUCCCAAGGCUGCCCAGUGCUCUUCCAGUGAUACUUAAAUCACUAUGGGUAUGUUGUUGUAUAGGGAUUUUUCAGAUUUUUUCAAUGAAUAGAUCCAUAUGUCUUCUUUAUUGCUCAUAUGGAUCCAUAUGUAGUGAGUAACAACCUCCUGAAAACAGGUUUGCCUUCCCUGAUGCCUUGCAGGUAGCCUGAGUUGAGUUCCCCCUGAACCUAAGGGCCACAGCCUGAAGCCCAGUGUGUGUUGCAGAAGGGUAAAAGGAAGCGAAGUUACUUACCAGCCACCAGCCUUCUCCUUCACUCACAAAUUUUUCAAGUCCAGGUACUAAGAUGUUUUUCUUAUCUGACUCUUGGUGUCAUCGCUUUCUGGCAGAUAGCAGUGGAGGAAAAAGGGAUUUCCAAAUACUAUCCAUAAUACUCGACAAGCAAAUUUCUAGUACUUGAAGAUGGGGCAGGAAGCAUAGCUUCUUUGAACAAUUUAGAGUGUGCUUAUUUGUAUAAUGCCAUAUUGCUUUAUUACAUCUGCCUGUUCCUGCAAGGCUGAGCUGGCACCUAAUGUUCUGGUGUCAGAGCAGUUCUUGCUGUCUGGUAAAAUCUGUCAGCAAAGAGCCCCAUCGCUAUCUGAUGCAAGUGGAAGUUUUGCUGUGCCCUCAUUGACCAAGUUUUACUGUAGCCUGAAGCCAAGUUGUUCCAUUAUCCACAUGCAUGUGAAUGUGUGAUAAAGAAAACAAGCCAAACGGUAAUUUUCAUGUGAAGCGACCUAAAUUAAUGUCCUGAUUCCAGCAGUUAUUCAAACCUUUGCAGACAGGAGCCUUGGGAAGAGUGAGGGGGACGGUAGAGCUGCAGUUAACUCUUUGAAGCACAGUCAGUUCUUAGGCUUUGCUCUGCCUUGAAACCCGGUGGGAAAGUGUUACUCACAUAGCAGUGAUCACACCGAAAGUGAAAGCUGGAGAGUGGAUAGUAGAUGGUAGCUAACCAGAAAACUCCAGUUUCACAGAAAUCCAAGUUUUAUUUUGCUUUUUGAUUCGACUUUAAUAUUGUGUUGAAGGAGGACAUCAGGAGGUCUGUGUUAAAAAAUGUGAAUGAGCUUCCUAAAUAUUUUGAUAUUUACUACAGUUCAUCCAUGUCAGAUAUGAACUGACCUUGCGAGGUUUCUGUUUUGCAGUCUACGUUCUGGAGAAGCUUGUGGAGCAACUGGGCCAUGCCUAGUUGAUCUGAACUCAGCGUGCUGAACGUGCUGCGUUCAGGAAGAGCCCUGAGAAACUCUGACGGAUGGUGCUCGGUGGUCCUGCAGCGUCUUGUUAGGGUGGAGGACUGAGAACCGCAUGAGAUUCACCAGGAGACUGGCAGUCCUUUGGGAAGGCGAGCAAGGCCUGAUAGUGUUUACAGCUUACACGCCUUUUGUUGGAUCAGUUUAUUCCAUUCAUCGGGCUGGAAUAAGAGUAUAAGAGCAAAAGCACUCAUUUGCUGGUAUGAGCUUGCUUGUUGCAGGGGGAGUUUGGUGGCCACAGUCCUGGCAGCAAAUCAUCCUUAGUGCAGACAGUUCUUCGACAGAGGGGAAAAGGACAACUGAAGAUUCUCACUCCCCACUUUCUUCAGAGCUCUUGAUAAAGUCUUCUGGUAUGUCCCAGUGUAUGGUUUCCAACACUAGAGCAGACAGACAGAAAGGAUCCUGUAAUGACUACAUAAAAGAGGGCAGAAGAAAGAUGCAGCAUCAAUUUCCUCAUCCAUCUGCCUGAUGUUGUUCAAAUAUCCAUCAGGAGGUGUGGGAAGCUUGGGACCAGGUGGGCUCCUUGCAGUGGUUUGAACGGAUGCGAGUGGCACAGCACCUACUUACUCAGGUCAUGAACCCUUUCCAUGGGACUGGAGCCACAAGAAGAAGUCAGGCAAGCUGGAUCCGUGUCUGACAAGGUACCCAAAAAAAAAAAGCUGAGAGAGAUGUUGGUGGCCCUAUAUAAGGUGUGCCUCACCUCCUGCAGAGCACAUCAAGAAUCACAGCAAAGUGCUGAGUGCCGUAGCUGCGACCUCCUGGGACGGACGACUUUGGAUCGUGAGCCAUGGCCUCGUUGCUGACCUUGGCCAAGAGCUUCUCAGGAUGGGUCUUCUUCUGCUGCUGCUGUUGUCUCCCUCUUCUUCUCACCAGCCCUCUGCCUCCGAAAGGGGCAGGGGUGGCUUCUAGCACCCAUCAUGCCUGCAGACUCAGGAAAAUCAACUUCCAGCAGCCCUACAUCAGGAAUCGCACCUACACCUUGGCUAAAAUGGCCAGGGUCUUGGAUGAAGACACGGACAACAGGCUCAUUGGGCAGCAGCUCUAUGUUAACGUCAAGGAAAACAACCGCUGCUACGUGAUGAAGAGGAUUGCGGAGAUUGUAGUGAAAGAUGUCCUCCUCACCAAGGCCAAGGACCAGUACCCGUACGCUGAGGAGGUGGCACAGUUCUUGGCGUCCCUGACCUCAGAGCUGAGCAGAUGUAAAUGCUCAGGACACAAAGAGCACAUUGAAAAGAACGUGGAAGAAAUGAAGAGCAAAAUGAAACAGUUGGGAGAGAAUGGAAAGACUAAAGCCAUUGGAGAACUGGAUUUACUGUUUGACUACAUAGAAAAUGCCUGUACUGAUGCCCCAAAGAAGGCAGGGAACAAGAAGACAAACUGAAAGAAUUUCAGAUCAGGCUUGAAGACAUGUCUCUAAAAAACUCUUGCUAUGCUCCAAUUGAUUAACUAUUAUGGAAACUGCACCCCUCUCCCCCACCCCCCCAUGCAGUAUAUUUUUCACUUGUGCCAAAAAUAGCAAACCAAGUAGGCACAGACAGGAUGCAUAUUGCUGCCGCCUUUGAAAAUGAAAACUCCAGGACAGUGUUUGCAGAUCCAUUUCAACACAGGGCAUUAGUUAUUUUCAAAGGCACACUCCUGUCCUCCCCAUCUCCAUAGGAAUAAAGAAACCGUUUCUGUAUUUUAUAUGCUGAGAUUUGACACCUGUGAAUCAGCUUUGGUCAAGGUAGGCAGUGAUACGUAGCCAGUAUGUUUUGAGCCUUUUACUUUGAAAUCUCUCUUGCAUAUGUUGCCCCCUUCUGACCUUUACCUGAAUAAUUGGUAUUUCAGACCAAUUCAGAAAUAUUUUUUGUCAUUCAUAUUUAAUGGUAACUUAUUUUAAGGUAAUAAUUAUACAGCACUUUUAUUUAUAUAGAUUAAUUGAAAAAUAUCCAAGGAAAUGUAUUUAUGAAGCUGUACCAGAGGGUUUCAAGUGAACAAUGAAAUUAAAACUGCUGUGUGAUAUUUAUAUGCAGAUGGAUUGUUUUAUAAAUGCUUACUCUCUAAUUUAUUGCAAUAAAUAUUUUGGUGCUCAAAUA